AUGAACAAGAAUCACCUGUCUUCUAAACAAACUCUUGCCAAACCUACUGCAUCUUUUCAAUUGGGUUCCUCGACCAUCCGUUCAUCACUGGAACAUUUAAAACUAGAUGGGAAUGUCAGUUUUGAUAGCAUAGAUCAUGCUGCAAAAGAUUUUGGCAAUAGAUAUCAUUCUCUCCCCUUAGCAGUUAUGCACCCACAAUCAGUUUCUGAUAUUUCCUCCACCAUAAAACUUGUCUUUGCUAUGGGAGGCUCUUCAGACAUCACUGUUGCUGCAAGAGGUCGUGGCCACUCCCUGGCAGGACAAGCACAGGCCAGAGGAGGAGUGAUUAUGAGUAUGGAGUCGCUUCGGCACCCAGAAAUGCGUUUUUACCCCGGGAAGAUGCCAUAUGUUGAUGUUUCUGGUGGUGAACUUUGGAUUAACAUCCUGCAUGAGAGUCUUAAACAUGGGCUAACGCCGAAAUCCUGGACAGACUAUCUUCAUCUCACAGUUGGUGGCACCUUGUCUAAUGCUGGGGUCAGUGGCCAAGCAUUCCGGCAUGGACCACAGAUAAAUAAUGUCCACCAACUAGAAGUUGUCACAGGUACAGGAGAGGUGGUUAGGUGUUCAGAUGACGAGAACUCCGACCUGUUCCAUGGAGUUCUUGGCGGAUUAGGACAAUUUGGUAUUAUCACACGAGCAAGAAUUGCUCUUGGACCAGCUCCGACAAUGGUAAAAUGGAUAAGAGUGCUGUACUCAGAUUUCUCCAUAUUCACCGAGGAUCAGGAAUUUCUGAUAUCUUCUCAGAACUCUUUUGACUACAUAGAAGGGUUUGUGAUCAUAAACAGAACUGGAUUGGUCAACGACUGGCGAUCUUCUUUCAGUCCGAAAGACCCUGUUCGUGCCAGCCAGUUACAAUCUGAAGGAAAAGUUCUAUUCUGCCUAGAAGUAGCAAAAUACUUGUAUCCAGAAAACAACUAUGACGUAAAUCAGAAUAUUGAGACGAUAUUGUCAGAGUUGAACUACAUUCCUUCAACACUCUUCCAAUCAGAGGUCCCUUAUGUGCAAUUCCUGGACAGAGUCCAUAUCUCAGAGAUGAAACUCCGGAAAAAAGGUUUGUGGGAGAUUCCUCAUCCAUGGCUGAAUCUCCUAGUUCCUAAGAGCAAGAUCCAUGACUUUGCAGCAGGAGUGUUUGGGAACAUUAUCAGAGACACUAGCAAUGGCCCGAUUCUCAUCUAUCCAGUGAAUAAAUCCCAGUGGAGAAAUGGAACAUCAAUGGUCACCCCCGAGGAGGAUAUUUUCUACCUAGUCGCAUUCUUGUCCUCUGCCAUUCCAUAUUCCACUGGAAAAGAUGGUUUAGAACACAUUCUCAGCGAAAACAAAAGGAUUUUGAAUUUCUGUGCAAGUACUCAACUUGGGGUGAAACAAUAUCUGCCCCAGUAUAGCACACAGGAUGAGUGGAAAGCUCACUUCGGCAAACAGUGGGAAGUCUUCAGCCGAAGGAAGUCCACCUAUGACCCUUUAGCAAUCCUUGCUCCCGGUCAGAGGAUUUUCAAAAAAGCAGUUGCCUUUCAGUGA